UUCAUUCCAUGGUGAUAUGAUUUUGGAACACCAGACCCAUGUAUUGAAAUUAAUUUGUUCAUAUUUUAAAAGUUUUAGUCCAACUUUAAGUUCUCAAGAAGAUACUACUCAACCCCGUUCGAACGAACCUAUGAGUGUUACUCUUCUUCAUUUAUUGAUAAGCCAGAGUUGGAAAAUGGGGACAAUGUGAUCAUGCCUCCUUCUGCAUUGGAUCACUUAGCAUCGAUACACACUGACAAUCCGAUGGUCUUCGAGCUAUAUAAUCCUGCAACACAAUGCAAAACUCACUGUGGUGUGCUCGAGUUUGUUGCAGAAGAAGGCACUCUCUAUAUGCCAUAUUGGAUGAUGCAAAAUAUGUUGUUACAAGAGGGUGAUACAGUACAAAUUAAAAGCACUGCAUUAUCCAAAGGUACUUAUGUCAAGUUUCGGCCAGACACCAUGGAUCUCUUCCAUCUCUCCAAUCCUAAGGCUGUAUUGGAGAAAACGUUGCGGAGUUUCACUUGCUUAUCAACUGGUGAUUGUAUUAUGAUAUCUCACAACAAUAAGAAGUAUUACCUUGAUAUUUUGGAGACAAAGCCCGCCUCCUCCAUAUCCAUUAUAGACACAGAUUGUGAUAUAGAUAUUGCUCUUCCCUCAAACUACAAAGAAAUGCAAGGGCAAAAGCUUAAUCAAGAAAAGAAAUUUGUCCCCUUUAUGGGAAAAGGAAGGAAAGUCGGUGAAAAUUCGGCUUCCCAAGCUUCUAGAAAUUCGAUGAUGAGCAUUAAGGAAAGUGAAUUUUCGUCAAAAUCAAGCACAAGAUUAAACCAUGCUCCAAAGGGUUUCAGCUCUUUCUCGCAGGAUGUUGCAGAGGGGCUGCCAAGAGAAGAUAGCAAGAAAGCCACACAAAAGGUUUUCCAGCCAUUUACUGGGAGAAGAUAUAGUCUUCGAGAAUGAGGACUGAAAUGUUGUGACUUGUGAAUGUGUAUAUAUUACAAUGAAACAAACCCCAACAAUUAAAUAUAUAACUAUAUACAAAGUAUCAUAGAUCAAAAGCUAUGUAAUGUUUUAUAAUAACUACAAUACACAACAACACAUUUAUCCAUGCAUGUGAUUAUAUCACACAACCAAUAAUUCAAAAAUUGCUUACUUGAGUUAAACCGGAUCCUGAGGCUAGUGAUUUUGGGCUAAAAAACUCGUGGAGCUUCCUGUGUCUCUUGUCUUUCUUUUUUUUCAUUUUCUUUUUUUGUUCUUCUUUUUUGAAGUUUUUUUUGUUAAAUAUAGCUUGGUCUUACUCAAUUUCAACCCAGUUGAACCAGGUAUCAAAAUCAGACUAGUGUUGAGUUAGAGCCCGAUUCCGUUUUUUGAAACAAUACACAUAAACAUGCUGAUUAUGUGUAUACGAAAUUUCAAUCUUUGAUUUAUCUCACUUUAGAGUGAUUUCUUAAGACCUGAAAUUUUGUGAAUAAAUUUUGAUUAAUAUUUUGAUCAAUUUAAAGAAAAAGAAAAACUUUCAAUUGUAAAAAUUGGCGAUCUAGCCAUUCUACCCAGUGUAAGAAUAAUCGAACCGGAACAGUUAACCCGAUAUAGGCCCGGAAGCGGUUUACUUGACUAACAAUAAACCGGUCCGUUCAACUGUUAUAAUCGAGCAAGUUUGGGGCAGUAAAAAAGUAUUAAAAAAUACAAAAAAUGAUAACAAAAAAAUAUAAAAAACGUAUUUAAAGAAUGAUUAAACAAAGCACAUCCAAAUGAA